AUGUCUGAUAUCUACGAAAUAAUUAAUAGCCUUGGUCUCGAAGAAGCAGAAGCAAACAAACUCAAAAUUUAUCUAAUUACAAACCAUGAAACAAGAAAAGAAUUAACUUCAGCCCUUGCAGUUUCUUGCGGAACAGAAGAAUCAAAACGGAAUCUUUUGAAGGAUUUUCUUCAUAAUAUUCCUGGUAUGCUAGAUAAAAUAUUUGCCCUUUAUACCGUUUGUGACGCUAUUACUAAACCUUUUUUUGUUCUUUAUCACGUGCCUGUGGAUUUAGAUGAACAUCAAGCACGAACAAAAAUUAAAAUUAUGGAUGAAUUUCCCAACGGCUUACAAUUUAUAAAACCGAAACCGUUACUUUAUUGUACUGGUUCAGAAUGGAUCUAUCAACCAGCAAAAACAUUAUAUGAAGAGUGCUGGCACAGAAAUGCUGAAGAAUUUCAUAAAACAGCAAUUGCAUGUUUUUCGGAAGUUGAGGAUCUUGAACUGAGAAAUAAAAUUGAGAAUGCUUUUGUAUUCAGCGUUGGAUUUGAAAAUGGAAAUAGCUUGAUAUGUGGUGUAGAACAGAGUGCGUACAGAUCUAGUACUCGAAUGCUUAAACAACUACUUCCCAAUCAAGAUUUAGAUCUGAUCAUUCUAAUUAUGAAGCAUCGUUAA